AUGACCGACGGCGCGCGCGUCGAGGCGGCGCCCAGGCUCGCGCAAUGGCGCGUCGACGCGCUCCCCUGCUACACCUACCGCAAGUCACUCCCCUUCCGCAUCGGCCUUUGGAACUGGUACCUAUCUGUGGAGAGAAAUAACAAGCAAACUUGUGUUAAGCUCUUUGCAGAGAAUUCGAAUUCUCCCAAGAACGGCCCCUCAGCCCCAAUAGCUUCCUUUGUCACCAAACUUCUCAUAUCUCUUCCACCUAAUCAACAGACCAUAGUCCACCCAGGGAUUUUCGACAAACAGCUGAAACACGACGGUUUUGUGUGGGCAAUCGAUAGCACUGUGACAGGGAGAUUUGUGAUUGAGAUAGAGUUUCUUGACCUGAAGGUCGCUGAUCCAUCUGGUGGCGAACCAGCCUCAAUCUGGGCCUCCCGCCAGAUCAAGCAGUGUUCAGACAGCACCGCCCUGUCCUCCCUGGCUCGGAUGCUGCACGAGGACAUCCUCACCGACAUCACCAUCAACGCGGCGGACGGCAGCGUGCGUGCGCACCGCGCGAUCCUGGCGACGCGGUCGCCGGUGUUCCGGAGCAUGUUCUCACACGACCUCCGGGAGAAGGAGCUCUCCACCGUGGACAUCUCCGACAUGACCGUGGACGCGUGCCACGCCUUCCUCAGCUACAUCUACGGCGACGUGCGCGGUGAGGAGUUCCUGGCGAACCGGCUGGCGCUCCUCCGCGCUGCCGACAAGUACGACAUCGACGACCUCAGGGAGGCCUGCCACGAGAGCCUGCUUGAGGACAUCGACACGGACAAUGUGCUGGAGCGGCUGCAGACGGCGCACCUGUACCGGCUGCCCAGGCUCAAGGGCGGCUGCCUGAGGUUCCUGGUGGACUUCAGGAAGGUGUACGAGAUGCACGACGACCUCAACGCGUUCCUGCAGACGGCCGACAGGGACCUCGUGGCCGAGGUGUUCCAUGGCGUCCUUGCUGCGUGGAGCGGGCGGUGA